AUGCUCCUUGCUCGGUUGCCACCGUGCGAUGCCACAGCAGAAGCAGUCGCAGCGUUGGGCAACCCCGACCAUGGCAGCGACUCUUCCACUGCUAGCCGCCGGGUCGACUCCUGCUGCGGUCUUGCAAGGAAACCAGCGCAGGAUGCACGCGACGGAGCUGAUUUCUGCGCACUUGUUUUUCGCCAAACCUACUAGUCUUUGGUUUAUGUCGUUUUAUUUUGUUUUGUUUUUUUUACUGGCACGUACUGCUGACCCUUGGGGUCCUUCCGGAAGGCUACCCCGCAGGCUGGUGGUGCGCACGUUCCACUAUUUAGUUAUAUAUUUGUUUCUGAUUCUUUUGUUUUCUUGUAUUUUAUC